UAAGUCCUUUGAUUGUAGCCACUGGGAAGCAUGUAGGUUAGACUGAGGAACAAACUCCAUUCUGCUUUUUUUAUAUCCUGGAUGAGAAAACACCAAACUUGCAAGUAGCCAUGGAGCAAUUAGAAUACUAAUGGCUGAAGACUCAGCUUUCUCUGAUGUCUUUCCUCUGGUGUCUGAAGAGAAUAUUCUAGUGGAUUUUUUUCAGGCAAUCCUAUCACACUUGGCCCUAUCCUGCAUACUAAUUUCAGUUACAGCCAUAGCCAUCGCCUGGUUUAUUAGAGAUUCUUUCAAAGUUGAAGAUUUUGACAAGAAACAUGUCUUUAUCACGGGCUGUGAUAGCGGAUUUGGAAAUUUGGUGGCAAGGCAACUUGACCAAAGGGGGUUUCAUGUAAUAGCCGCAUGUCUCACGAAGAAAGGUGAAUCGGAAUUGAAGGCUGCGGCCUCUCCCAGACUGAAGACAGUUCUGUUCAAUGUUACCGACAGUCUGAGCAUCGAGAGUGCGGUGGAGGUUGUGCGCGCCGAGGUUGGAGAACGAGGUCUCUGGGGGCUGAUCAACAACGCUGGGAGGUCCACACCUAUAGGCCCCACUGAAUGGAUGCAGUUGGAGGACUUCAAGAAAGUUCUAGAUGUGAAUUUAAUAGGUCUGAUUGAAGUGACCCUGAAGUUCCUCCCACUCUUAAAGAAGGCUCAAGGAAGGGUGGUCAAUGUUGCCAGUAUCCUGGGGAGGCUUGCCCUCAUUGGAGGAGGCUACUGCCUAUCUAAGUAUGGUGUGGAGGCCUUCUCUGACAGCCUUAGGCGGGAUAUGCAGCAUUUUGGUGUAAAAGUGAGUAUCAUUGAGCCUGGUUUCUUCAAGACGGGUGUGACCAGGCUGGACCUCAUUGAAGCAGACCUGCAGAGACUAUGGAACCGUCUCCCUGAGGAGGUCAAGCACUCAUAUGGACCCAACUUCUUUGAUGAAUAUGUAAAAGCUCAGGAUUUCUCCAUGGGUCUCCUGUGCAGUUCAGAUAUCUCCAAAGUGACCAGUUGCAUGCAGCAUGCCCUUACAGCCCGCCACCCACGGACCCGCUACUCACCUGGUUGGGAUGCAAAGCUCAUCUGGAUCCCCCUGUCCUACCUCCCUACAUUCAUAGCAGACUUCGCCAUCGCUGUUCUACUUCCUGUCCCCAAAGACGACAGAAAGAUCCAUGCAAACCAAGUGGGUGUGGCAAACACAUGAGCCACUGGACUCUUUCCUUUAUCAAUCACAUCUAUGAUACGUUUUAGACUGAUUUAUAUUCAUUAUUUGCAUUUCAAGUAUGUUGAUAUUGUUUAACUUCAGUCAAACGUUAAAAUAAUAAAAAUAUAAAUGCAAAAUGUAAA